AUGAAAAAAUAUGGGGUCCAUCAUAAAAUUUCAACUCCUUAUCAUCCUCAAACCAAUGGCCAAGCUGAGUUGGCCAACCACGAAAUCAAAGCCAUUCUUGAAAAAACAGUCAACCCAAAUAGGAAAUAUUGGUCUUUGAGGCUUUUGGACACUUUAUGGGCUUAUAGGACAGCUUUUAAAACUGUCCUAGGCACGUCUCCCUAUCAUUUGGUUUACGGUAAAGCGUGUCAUCUCCCUAUUGAGCUAGAACACAAGGCUUAUUGGGCUGUCAAACACUUUAACUUUUCUACUAACAAUUUUGGUGUCUUAAGGAAAUUGGAGCUGAAUGAAUUAGAAGAGUUAAGACACGAUGCCUACAGUAAUGCCAAACUUUACAAGGAGAAAACUAAGGUUUUCCAUGAUAAGCACAUUCAGAGGAAGAGUUUUCUCCCAAAUCAAAAGGUUCUCCUCUAUAACUCUAGACUCCAUGUGUUUGCCAGUAAACUUCGAUCCAAAUGGAGUGGUCCUUAUAUUGUUCAGACAGUGUUUCCCCAUGGGGCUGUUGAAAUCCUUAAUCCACACAAUGGUAAAAAUUUUAAGGUGAAUGGACAGCGGCUCAAACCUUUCCUUGACCAUUUUUCACUCGAGGAUACCAUUAUCCAUUUACUGGACCCUGGCCCUCCAGCCGAGCCUUGA